AAUGGAGAAGUGCCGGAAACGGGCGGCAGACAGGCAGAAGUUUACCCAGGCUCCAAAGAUAAGCGAUCGGCAGCAUGGAGGAACCGGGAAGUAGGAGAGCCCUUAGCAAGUUUGAGUUUGCAGUGCAGAUAACCUGCGAAAGUUGUGUUCGUGCUUUAAAGAAAGCAUUACAAGAUGUUAAAGGUGUGAAGGAAUUCAGCAUCAAUAUGGAGUCAAAAUCAGUUUUGGUGGAGACUACCCUGUUGGCAGAGGAAGUGCACAAAUUAUUGGAGACCACAGGGCGAAAGGCAGUGCUUAUGGGAAUGGGAACUGUUCAAUCCAAAAACCUAGGGGCUGCUGUAGCCAUGAUGUCAGGGGAAGGUUCAAUACAAGGAGUUGUUCGAUUUAUCCAAACAUCUGAGAACACAUGUAUCAUUGAAGGAACAUUAGAUGGGCUGAGUCCAGGGCUCCAUGGAAUUCAUGUUCAUGAAUUUGGUGACAUCUCUAAUGGCUGCGAAAGCUGUGGUGAGCAUUAUAAUCCACAUAGGAAUUCACACGGGGGGCCAGGAGAAGACGACAGACAUGUUGGAGAUCUGGGAAAUAUAUUUGCAGCAGAUAAUGGACGUGCUUCCUUUAGGCUGAUGGAUGAACGUUUAAAGGUGUAUGAUAUCAUUGGUCGCUCCUUAGUGGUUGAUGAAGGAGAAGACGACCUUGGCCAUGGGUGCCACCCACUUUCUAAGAUAACUGGCAACUCAGGCAGGAGAUUAGCCAGUGGUAUCAUUGCCCGCUCUGCUGGUCUUUUUGAAAAUGACAAGCAACUGUGUACCUGUGAUGGAAUAACUAUAUGGGAGGAAAGAAAUUACCCUAUAGCGGGGCCAGGGCGCAGCACCCAGCUGCAAAGCCCCCCUGCUAACCUUUGAUCACCUUCAGUGCUACCUUACCUACAAGGAAAUCUGUUCAGCAACAUAAUGUUGGAAUAAAAGGCCAAAUGAAACCCUGACACACUAUAGGUAAUAUGUAAAUGGAGUUGGUAAGGCACAAGGUUGCUGUAUUUCCUUAUAUAACCCUAUGCAAAUAAAUAAUGGCUCUCUAAACUCCCAAAACUCAUCUUCUGGGUUCUAGCACCUUCUUUUCCUGCUUUUUCCCAGUGCAAAACACAUGCACACGCUACAGUUGCACACGCUACAGUUGCACCAGUGUGCUUGUUGUACCAUUUUAGGCAUGAUUUUUUCAGGAGAAGGGACCAUGUUGAUCCAAUGUUUAGAGCAGUGAUCCCCAACCAGUGACUUGCAAGCAACAUAUGUUGCUCAUCAACUCCUUGGAUGUUGCUCCCCGUGGCCUCAAAGCAGGUGCUUAUUUUUGAAUUCCUGACUUGAAGGCAAGUUUUGGUUGCAUAACAAUAAGAUGUAAUGACAAACAGAACCUCCUGUAUGCUGCCAGUUCAUAUAGGGACUACCAAAUAUCCAAUCACAGCCCUUAUUUGACUCCCCCAGGAACUUUUCUUUGCUUGUUAUGCUCCCCAAUUCUUUAUACAUUUGAAAGUGGCUCACAGG